AUGCAUCGCGCGCCUGCUGCCAUGGUUACUAAGCCGUUGACGGACCCCAAUGUGGAGAUCAGGACGCCCAGGGAUCCCAACACGCUGUCGAAUUAUCACAACUUCGUUACGAAACAUACUAGUGUAGAUUUCGAGAUCGACUUCGAGCAUAAGAUCCUGAGCGGUGCAGUCGGGCUUGAUCUGGAGAGCUUGACAGACGAGGAAGUGAAGGAGGUUGUAUUGGACAGCAGCUUCCUCGACAUUUCUGAUGUAAAGGUUGAUGGAAAGAGCGCCAAGUUUGAAGUGGGAGACCGCAUUGAACCCUAUGGCGCCCCUCUGCGGAUCACUUUGCCUUCGUCCGUUCCCAAGGGCAAAAUCGUCAGCGUUGUUAUCGCUGUCUCAACGACCGAGAAGUGCACCGCGCUCCAGUGGAUGACGCCUGCUCAGACCUCCAACAAGAAACACCCCUACAUGUUCAGCCAGUGUCAAGCCAUCCACGCUCGUUCGGUUUUCCCCUGUCAAGACACCCCGGAUGUGAAGUCGACGUUCAGCUUUGCCCUACGCUCGCAUCUCCCCGUGCUUGCGUCCGGCCUGCCAACUGGUGCGAGCGAUUACCAGCCGCCCAAGAAGGAGGGUGAGCAAGGCACGCUCAAGUACACAUUCGAGCAGAAGGUGCCGAUCAACAGCUAUUUGUUUGCCGUCGCCAGUGGCGACAUCGCGUGUGCCAGUAUCGGUCCACGAAGCACGGUCUGGACUGGUCCCGAGGAGCUGCUUGACUGCCAGCGCGAGCUUGAUGGAGAGAUCGAGCCUUUCAUGAAGGCUAUCGAGUCCACCGUCGCGCCUAAAUACCAGUGGACGCAGUACAACAUCCUCAUCCUGCCGCCCUCUUUCCCCUACGGCGGCAUGGAGAACCCCGUCUGGACCUAUGCCACACCUUCCAUCAUCUCUGGCGACAAGCAGAACAUUGACGUCAUUGCCCACGAGCUCUCCCACUCUUGGUCCGGCAACCUUGUUUCCUGCGCCAGCUGGGAGCAUUUCUGGCUGAACGAGGGCUGGACAACGUACCUCGAGCGCCGCAUUCAGGCCUACAUCCACGGCGAACCGCACCGCCACUUCUCUGCCAUCAUUGGCUGGAAAGCUCUGGAGGAAAGCAUCGAGCGCUACGGCACUGACCACGAGUAUACCAAACUCAUCACCGACCUGAAGGGCCAGGACCCCGAUGACGCUUUCAGCUCUGUCCCGUACGAAAAGGGCUUCCACGCGCUGUACCAGUUCGAACUCCUCCUGACAAAGGAGAAGUGGGACACCUUCAUCCCGCACUACUUCUCCACCUUCGCCAACAAGUCCCUCGACAGCUACGACUUCAAGGCCUGCCUCCUCGCCUUCUUCGCCUCCGACGCUGAGGCGUCCAAGAAACUCGCCGCUUUCGACUGGGACAAGCUCUUCUACGCCCCCGGUUACCCGCCCAAGCCCGAAUUCGACGACUCCCUCGUCAAGUCUUGCUACGCCCUCGCCGACAAGUGGGAGGCCCGCGUCUCCGGCGCCGAGACCGCCUCUUUCACCCCCAAGGCCCAGGACAUCGAUGGCUGGGUCUCUAACCAGUCCGUCGUCUUCAUCGAGCGCCUGCAGGCGUUCGGCGCGCGCUUUUCCGCCGCCGAUGUCAAGCUGCUCGGCGACACGUACGGGUACACCACCACUGCCAAUAUCGAGGUCUCCAGCCGCUUUUUGUGCUUGGGUCUCAAGGCGAAGGCGCCCGAGACGUACAAGCCGGCGGCGGAGCUGCUGGGCCGCAUUGGCAGGAUGAAGUUUGUGAGGCCAUUGUUUAGGCUGCUGAACGAGGCGGAUCGCGAGUUGGCGGUUGCGACGUUUGAGAAGAACAAGGACUUUUACCACCCGAUUUGUAGGCAGAUGGUGGAGAAGGAUCUGUUUGGGGAUGAGAGUAAAUAG